AAUUAUAUAACAAUGGUUACAAACAAUAAAAAAGGAAGGCAAAUGUAAUAUUAGAAAACUACCUCUAAGAUCUGUGACACAAAACCAAAAUGCAAAGGAUAUCUCUGAAAUUAUAUUUUUAAAAACAAAAUGAAAUAUUUUGGAGCAGAUGAGCAUAGAGCACAUAUUGGUUAAUGCGUCCCUACUGAUGUUUGAAGUAUUUUAGAGUGUAUUUCACUUUGAAAUAACUUUUAAAUCAAGUAUAUUUUAUUUUUAAAACAUUAAUUUCUUGUGUUUUGAGACGCCACCUUAAAAUUGAUUUGAUUAUUUCCAUUAAUUAUACAUGGGUUUUGAGCUUAUAUGAGUGAAGAAGAAGUAAGUUUUAGAGAUUGAUUGAUAUUAAAGAUUAAAAAGAAAAAAAGAAGGAAAUGAUAGAAGGUAGUAGUAAAAGGGUAUUGGAGUUAAAAGAUUUGUGUGAGUAAAUAGUAAAAAGGGUAUUGGAGUUGGGAGUGCAUCGAUCCAUUGAAAAUUGAUUAGAUUUGAGGAGAGGAAAUGACGCGAGGGAGGAAAGCAGGUGGCGUUGUUCGUCUAGUGAGUGUUGCUGUUGUCUUGUCAAUUAUCCUUGUCGCCAUCCAGUCCUCUUUCUUCCACCCUACUACUGGUCCCGUAAAUCUCAGCACAGAGGAAAUUCGGAUCUUGUCCCACUUCCAGUCUAACCUUGAGCAAUGCGUCGCUAACCGAGGCCUCGGAUUGACCGCUCAUAUAAUUGAUCAUUGCAAUCUCAUUCUCAAGUUUCCCCAAGGAACUAACAGUACUUGGUAUAAUGAGCAGUUUAAGAUCUUUGAACCAUUGGAGUACAAGUAUGACGUCUGCGAAGCUAUACUUCUGUGGGAGCAGUAUCGUAACAUGACUACAGUUUUGACAAGAGAAUAUUUGGAUUCUCGCCCUGAUGGAUGGUUUGACUAUGCAGCUAAAAGGAUUGCACAGCUAGGAGCAGACAAAUGUUACAAUCAAACUCUCUGCGAAGAACAUCUCAAUCUAAUUUUACCAGCUAAGCCUCCUUUUCACCCUCGACAAUUCAGAAGAUGUGCAGUCGUUGGAAAUUCUGGAGACCUCUUGAAGACGCAGUUUGGAGAGGAAAUUGACAAUCAUGAUGCCAUUAUACGAGACAAUGAGGCCCCUGUUAAUGAGAAAUACGCCAAGCAUGUCGGCCUGAAGAGAGAUUUUCGCUUAGUUGUGCGAGGUGCUGCCAGAAACAUGAUUAAAAUUCUCAACGGUUCUGACAAUGAGGUGCUUAUAAUUAAAAGUGUCAUCCAUAGAGACUUCAAUGCAAUGAUAAAGAAAAUCCGGAAUCCAGUCUAUCUGUUCCAAGGUAUCGUAUUACGCAGAGGGGCCAAAGGAACUGGGAUGAAAUCAAUAGAACUAGCACUAUCCAUGUGCGACAUUGUUGACAUUUAUGGUUUCACUGUCGAUCCUGGUUACACAGAAUGGACUCGAUACUUUUCUACACCAAGGAAAGGACACAACCCACUACAAGGGAGGGCAUAUUACCAACUCUUAGAAUGCCUUGGAGUCAUACGAAUCCAUUCUCCUAUGCGAGCAAAGAGAAAGCAAGACUGGUCGGAUGUGCCUAGUCGAGAAAUGAUAAACAACGCUCACAGAGCUGCAUUGCUUCUGAAAAAGAAGCAAGCCGGGCAAGAGGGAGGAUUGGGACAAUUUGUUAACUGUAAAGUAUGGGGCAAAUCAGGUCCCUAUGGCACUGGGCCGGUAUCUGGUUCCACAGAUAUGACGGAUACCAGGAAGUAUUCCAAUUACAAUCGAUGGGAAGUCAUGCCUUUUGAGAGCUUGAGGGAGGAAGCUCGGAAGCACUAUAUUCAGAUGGAAGGCGUGUCUUUGUACAAGAUGGAUGGCAAUAAGCUGGAUGAUCUAGUCUGCGUGAAACAUCCCCCGAAAUCUUAGGCAUGAAACAAUGGAUUGAUCUGAUGGAUCGCUUCGAGUCGAACCUAAUUAAUGUUCUUGCAUGCACAAAUACGAGGGAACCAAGUGAUUUGUGCUCAACACCUCAAACAGCUUCCUCCUGGAGUGUAAACUAGUGACAGUCACCACAGGGAACUCAGAUCUUAACUGGGAGUGUGUUAACCAUCAUCUGUUGGAAGUGCACUGCAAAUUUGAUUGAAAUUUACCUAUACUUAAUGAUCUGAAGGAAUGAGGAAAGAAGGGACCAUUUUCUUGAGCUGUCCUUGCCUUUUCUUAAAUUACUCAAUUGAUUUUUGCAAGUAAAGAGAUCUCAUGUUUCCAUAUUUACUUGGUUUCGUUAUAGAACUUUUUUCAGCUAGGGAAGUUCUGUUCCUGUGAAUUGUGAUUUUAAACUUACCAUUCCCGAUAUAAAACUAGUAAGAGAAGUAUGAAUAUAGGAUGAUUGUAACCUGUUGUAUGGUAUUGUGCUGUUGGUUUUAAUGCAAUGUUGUAACGGUGGUUUUCUUAAUGUUAUCAGGUGUUAAUUAUUUUCUCA